AUGCGAAAUAGUGUAAGGUCUAUAGUUGAAAUAUCCGAAUCUUCGUUUAAACAUGCCGAUGUUCAACCGGCAAUGGUCGUGGGCCCUACAGCAAGUGUCUUCGGCUGCGUCAAUCCCAAGUUCCCCAUACCGAGCAGCGAUGUGCCCAGCCCCGCACCAUUUCGUCCCCGGCAGUAUGAAAUUCUCCCUCAAGGAUCUCCGCGACCUGUUUUCAGGUUAGAAAAUGGUAAAUUUGGGCAACACUAA